AUGACCGACGCCGAACCCAACGCAGUGCUGGUUUCCAAGACCGAUGAUGGUAUCACUACGAUCACCAUCAACCGGCCGCAUCGCCGAAACGCGAUCGACGGCUCAACCGGUGAAGAGCUGACCUCUGCAUUUCUGGACUUCGAGGCGGACCCUUCCCAGAAGGUGUGUGUCUUCUAUGGAGCCCACGGGACCUUCUGCGCCGGCUUCGACCUUCACGAGGUUGCCGCGUUUGUGGAAGCGUACAAAAGAGUGUAUUCAGUUGGUUCGUUCAGCCCCGGGCAGCCUGACUACAAGGGACCCAUCGUCGAUGCGAGCCACAAGGUCGAGGGGCGCAAUAUCGGCCCCAUCGGCCCUUCUCGUAUGCAGAUCAAGAAGCCUGUCAUAAGCGCCGUUUCUGGUUAUGCUGUCGCUGGGGGACUUGAGCUCUCUCUUCUCGGUGACAUCCGUGUGGCCGAGGAGGAUGCCGUCUUCGGCGUCUUCUGCCGUCGCUGGGGUGUGCCCCUGAUCGAUGGUGGUACGGUCCGCCUACAGGCCAUUGUUGGGCUGGGACGUGCCUUGGACAUGAUUCUCCCUGGUCGUGGUGUUGGUGCCCCCGAAGCCCUGCAGAUGGGUCUGGCGAACCGCGUGGUGAAGAAAGGCAUGGCGUUGGAGGAGGCAACGAAGAUUGCGAAGCAGUUGCUUGUGUUCCCCCAGGAAUGCAUGAAUGUCGACAGGGCGAACUGCUACUACAGUGCGUAUGACGCGUCAUCUUUCGAAGACGCGCUCAGAAAUGAGUUCGACGAGGGAGUUAAGGUUAUCACCACCGAGAGUGUUCGUGGCGCUGCUAGAUUUAGGGACGGAGCUGGUCGUCAUGGUGUUUUUGAUUCCGAAAAGCUCUAA